AUGGCUACAGAGAAACCUACUUAUCGCAUCGCAUCCAUUCCCGGUGACGGCAUUGGCGAGGAAGUGGUGCGAGCAACCAUUGAAGUGGUCAACAAGCUCGCUCAGACGUUGAACACAUUCAACAUUGAAUUCACGCAUCUCCCAUGGGGCACUGAUUACUACAAGCAACAUGGUCGUUACGUGUCUGAAGGUUACUUGGAUACUCUGCGGAAAUUCGACGCAGGCUUGUUUGGUUCUGUGGGACAUCCAGACGUGCCCGACCACGUCUCCUUAUGGGGCCUGCUACUAGCGCUCCGCAGUCCAUUGCAACUAUAUGCCAAUGUCCGUCCUGUGCGCACCUUUCCCGGAACCAAGUCACCUCUGACCACAGCUGUGAAUGGCAUCGAUUGGGUCCUUGUGCGAGAGAAUUCCGAGGGAGAGUAUUGUGGUCAAGGUGGACGCAGCCACACGGGUCAGCCAUGGGAAGCUGCGACAGAGGUGGCCAUCUUCACAAGGGUUGGUGUCGAGAGAAUUAUGCGCUUUGCCUUCGAAACAGCACGCUCCAGACCACGUCGCCACCUGACCGUCGUCACCAAGAGUAAUGCCAUGCGCCAUGGAAUGGUCCUCUGGGAUGAGGUCGCUGAGGCGGUCGCGAAAGACUUCCCGGAUGUCACCUGGGAUAAGAUGUUGGUGGACGCCAUGACCCUCCGCAUGAUUUCGAAGCCGGAUUCGCUGGAUACUAUCGUGGGAACCAAUUUGCAUAUGGACAUUCUAUCUGACCUUGCUGCUGGUUUGGCUGGUUCCAUCGGUGUGGCACCAUCCAGCAACCUCGACCCUACCCGCAAGAACCCCUCGCUGUUCGAGCCGGUUCAUGGAAGUGCUUUCGAUAUCAUGGGUAAGGGCGUCGCCAAUCCGGUGGCUACCUUCUGGUCCGCUGCGGAGAUGCUCGCAUGGCUUGGUGAAAAAGAUGCUUCCAAAAAGUUGAUGGACUGUGUCGAAAAGGUGUGCGCUGCUGGGGUUUUGACACCGGAUCUCGGGGGUUCGGCGAAUACGCAGGGAGUUGUGGAUGCGGUUUGCAAAGAAAUCGAGCUGCAGUUGGCUUCAUCGUAA